UAUCGUUUUUUAUAAACUGACACAUGUCGCAUUAGAGUGCAAUACUUUUCUCAACAUCUAAAUUGUUUGAUGAGAGAUAGUAAAUGGCAGUAUGAUGCGUCUUGCGACCCAAACGGAUAUGUUCAUUCGAGUUUUCGUACGAUAAAAAAAACACAAUUUCCCAUGAUUCAACGACGAGCGUGUCACGCGGAACAGGGAAGAACCACUAUGAAUAUUGAUACCAUCAUCUCCAAUGGAGGCUGCAGAAGCCAGUUGAUCAUGUGCUAGUGAACCGGUUCAAUCGUUUCACUUGAAAGGAGGUCGGUGGCUGCAGGGCAGGUGGAGGUGGGAGCGGUCGAGGAGGAGGAGGAGGAGGAGGUGGCGGCGGCAUGCGUCUGAGUGGCGGCCGCUGGACGUGGAAGCUUUCCCGCGCCAUGCGGCUGGUGCUACGGCGGUGCCGUGCGUGGCGCCGCGGCCACAAGCAGGGCUGGGGCGGCGGCGGCGCGGGGGAGCUGUGCAGCUACGCCAAGCUGCUGCUCCGCUCCCUGUACUACAACAGCCUCACCAACUCGGACACGCUGCUGGACUGUGCCUUCGAGCCCGUGUACUGGAUCGUUGACAAUGUCACCCGCUGGUUUGGAGUGGCGUUUGUCAGUCUGGUGGUCCUGUUGAUCUCCUCGGUGGUGAUCAUCGUCUACACGUGCGUGCUGCCCGUCAUCCUCAGCACCUACCCGGCCCCCUGGAUAGUCUGGCACCUCUUCUGCGGCCACUGGCUGCUGGUAAUGGUGGUGUUUCACUACUACAAGGCCACCACGACCCAUCCGGGACGGCCACCAAAGGACAAAAGCGACGUUCCGGCGGUGUCCAUCUGUAAGAAGUGUAUCGUUCCAAAGCCAGCCAGGACCCAUCACUGCAGCAUCUGCAACACGUGUAUUCUGAAAAUGGACCACCACUGUCCGUGGCUGAACAACUGUGUUGGGCAUCUCAACCACCGCUACUUCUACUCCUUCUGCCUCUACAUGAUGCUGGCCUGCAUCUACUGCAGCGUCAGCUCCAGGCACAUGUUCACGGAGGCCUACAACGCUAUAGAGGAAUUAUUCAAGCCCUCCCCUCCGUCCUUCACCUUCAGAGAAACCACCGCUCACAAGGCUAUCGUGUUCCUCUGGGUGCUCACCAGCUCGGUGGCGGUGGCGCUGGGGGCACUGACCCUCUGGCACAGCAUCCUCAUCAGCAGAGGGGAGACCAGCGUGGAGCGCCACAUCAACCGCAAGGAGAUCCGGCGGCUCAGGGAGCUGGGCAAGGUCUUCAGAAACCCAUACCACCACGGCCCAUUAACCAACUGGAAGAUCAUGUUUAGCGUGGAGAAGCCCAGUGACUGGGUGACACGGGUGCUCCUGCCUUCCAGCCACCCCCCCAUUGGGGACGGGAUCACAUGGGACUGCGUGUACACCAGGAAGGACCCCAUGGCUAUCUGACCCUUCAUGGAUCAAUAGUUUCUGCGUCAAGAUCUAGCCGUGUCCAGGCUCCAGCUGAACCUCCAUCAUCUUACUGACUUAUGGGGGACAGGAGAACUUCCAGAUACAUUCCUUUGUUUUCUUUUCUCUGACUUAUGUUGUUCAGUUGGCUUCUGUCCAACACCAGCAACCGACUCUCAAGUUGCAGAUGAAGGAUUCUGAUGAUCCCCUUUGCUUCUGAAGCUGCAUCAGUACAUCAUGUUAGGGCUUCUUCAUCCUCCUUAUCGCCUUUACAUCGGUCUAAAUGAGAUCCAAACGUUGAUGGAGUCAAGGUUUAGUUUUGAGGAGGUCGUUUCUCAGAGCAAACCUAGUAGGAAUGUUGGGGGUGUGCGCCCGGGUGGUUCCUGCUGGAAUUUUGACGUUUAUGGUUUUGUCAAAUUUGUGUCGGUUUUUGCUUAGUUUGAUGCCCCACAUUUCCUUCUUUUAUAUCCUGUUCCCUAAACCUUAUUUGCUUUAAAAAGGAUCAGGUUUAAAUUGUAAUUUAUUCUUUACAUUCACACCUGGAAUGAGCACCUUUCAGUGCUUUCCAGUUGGCUUGUCCACCAGCUUUAUUCUUUGUUCCAUUAACAUAAAAUUGUACUUUUUUAUUUGGGCUCAGCCCUGCUAAGCAAGCAGUUGUAUUGUUACGUUGGUCGUCUGCCAUUAGGGUUCAUGACCACCACUGGUUUGGAUCUACAUGGUGCCAAAAAGACUUACCGCAAAACUGUGGAGACUGCUCAGAGAAAGGUCAACUGGAAGACCUUUCUGAAGAUCAAACGGUGACCCAUGCUAUGAUACUUGCAGAGUGAUUCUAUUUGUUAAAAACAAAUGCUAGAGCUUUACAAUGCAAGUCAAGGACCAUUGUUGUAAAACAUGCAUUUUAACGUAGUUUAGAGUUCCUGUUAGAUGUGAAUAUGAGUCUUUGCCUUGUGAAAAUGGCCAGCCUUGAAGGGGACUUUGAUAAAUGGAGUAACUGCAUAUCAGCAUGGCGAGUAUUCCCCUUGGUUGCCAUAGUGAAAGUGGUUUUAUCAACCAUUGAGAGCUGUGCUCUCCAUUAAUUGAUUUUUUUUUUUUUUAUAAAGGAAAACUUCACUUUUGAGUGCAAUUGAUUAAAGUGUAUUUAAGCUUUGUAGAAUUAAAAUGAAAAACAUUUUAUACCAAUUACAAAAAAAAAAGUUUAAUAACAUGUUAAUCAAACAUUUUAAAUAUCAUCCAUGGAGUUAUUCAGUGUGAGGUACACAGUUAGCUGACCUUAUUGAAAUGCAAUCGCAUUGAGCCGCCUCACCCUCAUCUCUUCAAACACUGGUGAAUCCUACUUCCUGUUUGCAUCUGUUCAAUGUUAAUACUUGGUUUACAUAUACGCACUGCAGCUGGCUUGAAAAAAAAAAUACAUUAAAGAUGUUUUUGUAAUCAAAUCGAUUGACUGAAGUGCUCACGGUUUGGCAUUUGUGAUUUUUAAGACGUGUGUACUGAGACCAGAGGGUCUGGCGGGAUAGAAUAUGCGUGUUAUAUUAAAGAGCCUUGUUUUGUGCCAUUGCCUCAAGUGCUCCUUUGAGACGUUCAAGUUA